AUGGAUCGAGCCAUGUGUCAGUAUUGGGUGUUCCGCCAGUCGAUCGAACAUGAUCAUUGGGCACGGAACCUUUUUUCGUCAUAUGAGAAACGAAAGAAGCUUAGCUUUCGUGAUCCAUUUCUCUCACUUUCUGUUAAGUUCGGCUUAGCAACCCUAGUACGCGAACGUGUCUGGAAAGAUGAUAGAAUGCUGCAUGGCAGUGAUAGCGGUCUGAAUGGAAAGGAGCAGACGCCCUGGCUGGCUGUUCUAGAUUAUCUCCGAGAGGUAGAUCGUCGCCGAUGGAUUGGGUACUACGACACUAGUGAAAAUGGCACUUCUCGUCUGGCGGUGAUUAUAUCGCUGUUCAUUCAGCACGGUGCCAACCCGAAUGGGUUGCUGGUUGAGACCAAAUUUGAUCCGUCAGCUUCUGCCGUGGAAAUUAUCACUACCAUCUAUCGGAAAUACGCCGCUCCAGAGUUUGGCCGACUUCGCAAGGUAUUGAUAGAUAAAGGGGCCCUGGAGCAAGAAGGACAUGGCAUUCUGUAUCAACCACCAUGCCAAAUGCAAGAGGCCACAGGCGAAGACAUUACGAAAAAGAGAGAGAAGGAGGAUAGGAAGGGAGGUGAGGAGGACUAA